AUGCAAAAUAUAACCAUGAAUUUUGGUGUAUUAGGUGAACCAAUUGAUAAACGUCAAUAUGCAGGCAAUAAAUUGAAAUUUAUUCCUAUAUUCUCACAAAGUAUGGAAAGACAUCCAUUAUAUUCUCGGUUCAAAACAGAUGUAGUACAAGUGGCUCUUGGAUUUUGGGAAAAAGCUUUGAGUGUAAGAAAACCACCAAACAGGAAAUUGCUUAUAGAAAGAGGAUGUGUUGAACCAGUGUACUAUACCGAUGGAAAAACAGGCAGAAGAUAUUGUCGAUCUCAAUGUAAACCCCGUGCUAAAUGCUAUGAUAAUCUAGUUCCAGAUCAAUAUGCUUCUGGAUGCGCUAUUGGAAGUGGGAGUGGAUCUAUCAGGGAUGUAUAUCAAGAUGGGCCAGGAUUCGCACCAAAUGAAUAUGUGCUUUUCAUUUCAAGUGAUAAUGUAAAAGCUUGUUUAUCCGGUUCAACAUUAGCUUAUGCUGGUCCAUGUGAAAUGCAUCCUACAACUGACAGACCAAUUAUGGGAGCGAUCAACUUCUGUCCACAAAAGAUGGACAUACAAGAACCUGGAAGAACUAUGUUGAUUGGAACAGCUAUUCAUGAACUGGCUCAUGCUAUGGGAUUUUCAAGGUCGAAUUUUGCUUUGAUGCGCGAUCUGGAAGGCAGACCAUUGACACCGAGAGAUCCGAAAUCCGGUAGACCAAAAAUAAAUCGUGAGGGGUCAUAUGAUGCAAGUGAAAAUACUAUUAAACGCAUUGUUCGUCCUUGGGUUACAGCUGCUGGAUCUUAUAUAAAACCAUUUUUAUCAUUUGUUACACCGGCAUUACUGGCGGAGGGACGUAAACAUUAUAAUUGCCCUAACCUGGAUGGAAUCGAUAUAGAGAACGAAGGUGGAGAAGGAACGGCUGGUUCACAUUUUGAAAAACGAACAGUUGGUGAUGAAACAAUGGCAGGUGUUACAGGAGUGAAAACUAUUCUUUCAAGAUUAACAUUAGCUUUUUUCACAGAUUCAGGAAAAAAAGGUAUGGAACCGUAUUGUGAAGAACAAGAUAAUUUGAUGUGUUAUCAUAAUAAAGCUUUUGGUGUUUGUGCUGUUGGACAAUUUAUGAAAUAUUUACCACCACAAGAACAAUAUUUCCCAAAUUCUCCUGAUUUUGGAGGUACCGGUAUAUUGACAGAUAAAUGUCCUGUUAUUCAGCCAAUGAAGAAAUUUUUCCAAGAAGAUCUUAUGACCUAUUGUGACCACAAUUUAAAUAUUCCGAUCGCACAAAGAGGAAAUAUGUUUGGUCAAGAAUUUGGUAACAGCUCACUAUGCAUUACUCAUAAAGGAGCUUGGAAAGCUGAAAGAAAUGGCAAAGCAACACAAGAUCCUCGAGUCAAAGCAACUUGUCAUCAGUACACUUGUUCAGGUAGUGGACAAGUUAUCGUGGAUGGUAAACCGUUUCGAUGUGAAUCCGGUGUAGCAAAAAUUAAUACACCACAAAUUCAAGGAGAAGCUAUUUGUCCUGACCCUAGGGAUGUUUGCAGAGUAAGAAUAAUUUAG